GGGGCUCCGCCCCUCCGCGCUCUCGGUGCGGGCGGGGGGACCCGCUCCCCGCCUCCCGCCGCCGCCGCCGCCGCCCGGGGAGCGGCGCUGCGGUCCGCCGCGGCGCUGAGGGGCGGCCUCGCCUCCGCGCCCGCUCGGCGGCCAGCCCCGGGGCGGGGGCAGGCAGAGCCCUGCGCCGCGCCGAGCAUGCGAGUGCCGGCGGGGCGGGCUGCAGCGGCCGCGGGGCGUCUGCGGCGGCCAGCCGGAGCCGGGGGAGGCGGCGGGCCGGGGCGGCGGAGCCAUGCUGCUGGCCUCGGCCGUGGUGGUGUGGGAAUGGCUGAACGAGCACGGGCGGUGGCGGCCCUACAGCCCGGCCGUCAGCCACCACAUCGAGGCGGUGGCCCGCGCCGGGCCGCGGGCGGGCGGCAGCGUGGUGUUGGGCCAGGCCGACAGCCGCCUGGCGCCGUACAUCAUCGACCUGCAGUCCAUGCACCAGUUCCGCCAGGACACCGGCACUAUCCGCCCUGUCCGGCGCAGCUACUAUGACCCAUCAUCAGCACCAGGCAAGGGAGUUGUGUGGGAGUGGGAGAAUGACAGCGGGUCGUGGACACCCUACGACAUGGACGUGGGCAUCACCAUCCAGCGUGCCUACGAGAAGCAGCACCCCUGGGUGGACCUGAGUGCCAUUGGCUUCUGCUACGUCAUCGACUUUGCCACCAUGGGCCAGAUCAACCGGCAGACUCAGCGCAAGCGCCGUGUCCGCCGCCGCCUUGACAUGGUCUACCCACUGGUCUCGGGUACCCUGCCCAAGUCACAGUCGUGGCCAGCCAGCCCUGGGGUGGCGGCAGCCCCCCCGGUCCCGGCCUGCGCCUGCCCCCAGUGCCUCCUGGUCAUGAGCGUCAAAGCCACGGUAUCAGCCUCUGGCACCGGCACUGCCACCCUGCAGCCCCGUAAAGCCCCCCCUGUGCCACCCGCCGCCCCCAAAGCCCUGGUGCCAGCCCCAGGGGCCAAGGCGCCUGACAGUAUGGGUGCGGUGCGUGGCUCGCUGAAGCCACUGGCAGCCCAGGGGAGCCGGCGACAGGCAGCCAGCACGCCUGCCUUGAGCUCGGCCAGCUCCACUGCCAGCCCCCCCAGCAUGGGCAGUGGCAAGGCAACCCGUCCUGGCCUUGGGACCCUGAACCGCAACCACCUCCAGCGCCUGGCCAUCGCCCAGUCCCGGGUGCUCAUUGCUUCUGGGGUCCCCACCGUCCCUGUGAAGAACCUCACUGGCUCCAGCCCCGUCAACCCAGCCCUGGCAGGGAUCACGGGGAUUCUAAUGAGCGCGGCCGGGCUGCCCGUCUGCCUGACACGUCCCCCCAAGCUGGUGCUGCACCCUCCGCCCGUCAGCAAAAGUGAGAUCCAGUCCAUCCCCGGCAUCUCCCACACCUGCCGCAAGACCACCAAGAAACAGGCCAAGAAGGGUAAAACCCCAGAGGAGGUACUGAAAAAAUACCUGCAGAAGGUGCGGCAGCCAGUGGAUGAGGACUGCACCAUCUGCAUGGAGCGCCUCUCUGCACCCUCUGGCUACAAGGGACCACAGCCAGCCAUCAAGCCUGACCUGGUGGGGAAGCUGGUGAAAUGUGGCCACGUCUUCCACCUCCACUGCCUGGUCGCCAUGUACAACAACGGCAACAAGGAUGGGAGCCUGCAGUGUCCCACCUGCAAAACCAUCUAUGGGGUGAAGACAGGGACACAGCCCCCGGGGAAGAUGGAGUAUCACGUCAUCCCUCACGCGCUGCCUGGCCACUCUGACUGCAAAACCAUCCGCAUCAUCUACAACAUACCCCCGGGGGUGCAGGGACCAGAGCAUCCAAACCCUGGGAAGAGCUUCACCGCCCGUGGCUUCCCCCGACACUGCUACCUGCCAGACAGCGAGAAGGGCAGAAAGGUACUGAAGUUGCUGCUGGUAGCCUGGGACCGGCGCUUGAUCUUUGCCAUUGGGACCUCCAGCACCACAGGCGAGUCAGACACAGUGAUCUGGAACGAGAUCCACCACAAGACAGAGUUCGGCUCCAACCUCACUGGCCACGGCUACCCUGACAUCAACUACCUGGACAAUGUCCUAGCUGAGCUUGCAGCCCAGGGCAUCACAGAGGAGAGCCUGGUGCAGGAGAAGGACUGAGACCAUGGCAGGGAGGCAAGGGAACAGGUGCCCAUACAGCUUCCCCACCACCACCCCAAGGAUAAAGCUGCUGGAGAAACCCUCCUAGGGGCUUUGCAGGGGAUAUCUGGAGCUCCCUGCUCCUGGUGGCACCCACUCAGUGGGAGCAUCCCCAGGCUGGCUGGGAAUGCAGGAGAAGGUCCUUUUGGCCAUCCCCUUCAUUCCGGUAGGGAGGGAGCAUCCACCCCUUCCAGGAGCUGCGGGGCUUCCUGCUGGCCUGGCGAUCCCCUCUGGCUGGAUUCCUAUUCCUGCCACUGUGCUGAGGGCUUGGGUGGGGCUGUCAGGCUCCCCUCCCUCAUUCAUCAGAUGGUCCCAGCCUGUCCCGAUGCCCCUGACACCCACCUGGGGAUGGGACUUGGCCUGGGGUGGGAGCGGGGGCCGUGGGAGUCCCCCUCGCUCUGCCUCGUCCUUCAGCCGUCUGUUUGUUCGUUUGUCCUGUCUGGUACCUCCCCACUGGUCUCCUGUGUCCAAGGAGGUUGGGGAGAGGGGCCUGGUCUGCCUCAGCUGGCCCCCCAGACCCAUGCCCCCUUCUCCUUUUGGCUGUGUCUGAGCUGUGCCCUGCAGGGACCCCUUGUCUGGGCUGCCCACCACCCUCUCCCCUGUGCUGGGGAGGGGUGGUAGGAAGGGUGGUGGAGGGGCAUGUUUCCCAUGGCCUGGCCUGACUCCCGUCCCCUGGUAGUGAGUUCCUUGAACUGUUCAUAUGGGGGCAUCCCUGCGUUGAAUUUUUAUAUACCUCGUGUUUUGGGGUUUUGUCAUAUGUAUGUACAUAUACGUGGUGGCGUUUCUGGGAGGUGGCCUGGGGGCUGGGAGAACACAAUGCUGCAGCGAGGCUGGGGGCUCAGCCCGGUGGCGCUUGGGGUGAUGGGGACAGACAGAUGGUGGGAAUGACAGGACACAUGAUGGGACAGGGGCUGCACUGCUCCCCUACUGUGGGGACCCCCCUGUCCCAAAGCAGGUCAGUGCCCCAUGGUGAGGCUGUUGCCUGUGUGUCCCCGUGGGACCAGGUGCAGGUGUGGGUGGGAGCUGUUCUCCCACCUGCUGUGUCCCAGCACUGUCCCCAGAGCCCUGGGGGGCUGGGGAGGAGGUGGCUGGCUGGUGGUGGGCUGGCAUGGCGGUUUUAGGCUGGGGAUGGGGGGGAUUGGCACGGGGAGGGGAGUGUGGGUGACAGGGGCAGGGGGAGCUGCAUGGCAUCUUGGGGUUCCUGCCAGCCCCUGGGGACUUCAUGGGGCCUCUCAGAGCCACCUGUGACGGGGGAGUCCCCACAGCUUUGGGGGCUGCCCUGGGGAUGCUUUCCCCGUUGCUGGGGGCUGGCUGCACUCAUGCCCCUGCCCCAUGAGAUUCCUGGGGUUGGAGAGCAGAGUGGCGGCAGUACCCUCCACCGCCCAGGCUGCCCCCAGCUCUGCACUGUUGCUCCCCAGAGGGUUGGGGCCUCCUAGCCCAUUUGUUGCAUUCCCCUCCUGGUUUUCCUGGGGGGAUCCCCUCACCCUCUUGUCCCAGGGGACAGUGGUGUGCAUCCUGCUGUGCAUCAUUCUGUUGUCGUUGCUGUUUUUCUUCUCCCCGGCCUAGGGGCUGCGUCGCCCCCAGCCGGCUGCCCUAUGGAGGAGGGGGUGGGGGUCAAUAAAGUGGAUGGCAGAGGAUGCUUACUGUCCCUGCACGGCCUGGCCUCUCUGUUGUCUUCUGUCCGUCAUCUGUGUGGCCAGGCGAGCGAGGGGGUACUGUGGGGAGGGCCAGGCACCCCUCAUCCCCAUGAUGCCACUUUGCAGUGGUCUGUCCCCAGCCAUCCUUAGCAUGGGAUGUUAUUUUCUACCUCAAGGGAGAAAAUGCCUUUACCCAGGAAAACACCCUUUUUCAGCUGCUCUGUAGCCACAGGGGAGCUUCAGCAGUGUGAUUUCUCUUCCACCUGAGCCUUGGGCUUCCCCUACUGCAGAAAAACCCUGGCUGGAGCUAUGCAAAACCCUCUUGUGAUCUCGGGGAGGGAAGGGGGGUCCCCCACCCUCUCUAGGUACCAGCCUGACGGCUCUCAACAUGACACAGUCUUUUCACAACAUGACUUUUUUUUUUUUUCUUUUUUAAUGCCGUGUUGCCUAAGCAAUUAGUUGCUGGCUGAAUAAAAUUGAUCCGUGCCUUCCGCA